AUGGCGCCUACUCGUGAGCAAAAGGGGUGGAAAUCAUUCACUGCUGGUGCUGUAGCAGGUGCUGUAGAAGGCACGGUGAAUUAUCCGUUUGAAUUCGCUAAAACUAGGUUGCAGUUGGUUGAUAAGUCCUCCAAGAUGACCCGAAACCCAUUGGUUUUAAUCUAUAGGAUAGUCAAGACUCAAGGUCUUGGAUCUUUGUAUGUGGGGUGUCCUGCGUUUGUUAUUGGCAACACUGCCAAAGCAGGAAUUCGGUUUUUGGGCUUCGAUACUAUUAAGAAAGUAUUGGCCGAUAAGGACGGUAAGCUUACAGGUCCUCGAGGUAUUGUUGCGGGUCUGGGUGCCGGAUUACUGGAGAGUAUUUUUGCAGUGACUCCUGCCGAAGCUAUUAAGACUGCAAAGAUUGACGACAGACAGACUCAAUGUCCGAAGUACCAGAGCAGAGGAGGUACCAUGAAGCUAAUGAGGGAUUUUGGCUUUAAAGGACUUUACCAAGGUUUUGUUCCGGUAGCUCUACGUCAGGGAGCCAACCAAGCAGUCAGAAUGGGUACCUACAGUAAGAUCAAGGGUGUCAUUCAACAGGCUAGUGGUACUCCUCCAGACCAGCCUCUUACCUCUGCUAUGACUUUCCUAGUUGGUGCAUUUGCUGGGCUAGUCACGGUGUACACGACUAUGCCAAUAGAUACUGUAAAGACGCGAAUGCAAUCACUUGACUCGGCAAAGAUGUAUUCAUCAACCUUCAACUGCUUUGUCAAGAUCUUCAAACAGGAGGGAUUAUUGGCCUUCUGGAAAGGUGCAACUCCUAGAUUGGGAAGGUUGUUCUUUGGCGGCGGUAUUGUGUUUACGAUAUAUGAAAAGAUGAUGGUUGUACUAGGCUGA